AUGCAGUUCUACCCAAAAGCGCGAGAACAGCGACCUAGCAUCCACGACCCGUCUGUUAUCCAGCGUCGAUGGGGUGUCGUCAAGGCAGCUGCUGUCAAUCUUCUAAUUCUCCAAAUUCUAUUCCUGGGUCUAUUCUGUUACAUAUUCGGGUCCCUCUUCCAGCAGUCCGGCCACAUUCACAAUAUCAAAAUUUUGUUCGUUGACUACGAUGGCGGCGCUAUAGGCGAUGCAGCCCGUGCCGCGUUCCAAAAGCUUAAAGGACCCGGUUUUCCAACUUUCAUUGAGCAAUCUGCCUCCGUGUACCCCCAGCCUGGCUCAAUUGAAGGUGCAGUCUGCGACAUCGAAUACUGGGGAGCGUUGUACACUACCGCAAAUGCGUCUAACGCAUUGAGUGCCGCAUUCGCGGGUGGGCCAUCUGCCUCUUCCUAUGACAAGAGCGAUGUUCUCACCAUGGUGUGGAAUGAAGUGCGCUACCCUACGGUCGUUGACUCAGCCGUCGCAAAUAGCAUAAAACUGCUCUCGGAAACUGCGCGCGUUAAGUACUCGCAGACCAACGGGAAAAUGGCCGUUCAGAGUAUCAACAGCUCCGAUUCUGCUGCGCUUGCAGCGUUAUACGAGCCUUGGACAUUGACCGACAACAAUAUUCUACCCACGUCACAAGGAUCAAGGGUCAUUUACAAUACACUAGUUAUCAUAUUGAUCCUGAUCCAGGAAUUCUUCUUUCUGGGUACUGUCAAUGGUUUGUAUGCUCAAUUCAAACUCUACACAUCGGUGUCACCGCAUCGCAUGGUGAUCGCGCGCCAAAUCAUAUCUUUAGUCUACACACUCGUCGGGGCUAUGUGUACAGCCGGUGCAAUUUGGGCAUUCCGAAGUGGCUGGAAUGUCAACGGAAACCAGUUCGCACUCACUUGGCUGGUACUGUGGCUUUUUGCCCAUUUGACCUUCCUCGUGCUAGAUGUUUUCACCAUCUGGCUUCCGCCUCCCUACGUACCGAUGGCUCUGAUAUCGUGGGUCAUUUUGAAUGUCACUUCCAUUCUUCUCCCGUUCGAGUUGUCGCCUGGAUUCUACAAAGUGGGCUACGCCUUACCGGCACACGCUGUCUUCCAGGUACUCAUUGACAUCUGGUCGUCUGGCUGCAAUCCCCAACUCUAUCACUCGCUACCUGUUCUCUUCGCCUACGAAGUUCUCGGUAUUACUUUGAGUUCUAUCGGUGUUUAUCGAAGGGCUCAUUACGCAUCCAUCAACCAAGAGAGGGAAGAAAAGGCUUUCCAUGAGCGGGUGGCGGCCACACUGGCUGAGCAACAAGACGCUCAACUCGCUAGACGAGAAACCACACGUGAUGACCAAGAAAGGGAGACGUCGGAAACCGACAGUGAGGAAGGACAUGAUAUUCAAAGACAAGACACCGCGGCAUCAAUCGCACAUCAAGCGGAGUUGGCCAACAUUAUCAGCCGUGAGAUGUCACGGUCAAGGGUCGAACGACCGGAUACAAGCCGUGAUAGCACCGGGCCAUCCUUUGCCUUGGCCUACAGAGAGUGA